GUUGAACCAGAAAUGCACCCCCAUCAAUAUUGGGGAUGAAGGUGGCAAAAGGAAGCCUCGCAAAUGUCAUCGGGUGCAGAAAAAAGGAUAAUGCGAGGGUUGAAAACAGACCACUGAAACACUCUCGCGUAGCAUUCCUGUACAGUGUAAUCUAAUAGACGGGAGGUGAAGAUUGCAGAACCGAUUCAGAUAAUGGUGAAACGCACCUAGGACACGGGUUGGUCAAGGCGUGUUUGUGUGUGCGUGCGCGAGUGUGUGUGGUGGCCCGUAUCCGGUGCAGGCAAAAGGAUUCUCCCACCCAGCAAAAGGAGGCCACACUCGCCGACCCGAUUAUGAAACUAGGUCCCUGUCCCGUGAACGUGCAGCAGCGAGCAGCGUGAAUCGCAACGGGAAAGCGCUCUGGCUAUCUUCGAUUGGUGGCAACGACGUCGACGGUGGGGUCGGUGGUGGCUCGCGCUACCACGGAUCGGUCAGAUGGGCAUGAAUAAGGCGCUGCUAGUGUUUAUUGUGGCCAGCGGGUUUCUACUGUUUAUCUACGCCAACAGUAGCGUUUUCAAUCGGCACCUGGUGCAGAAGGAUGCGCCGGAACGGUUGGCGGCGGCGGCAGCAGCGGCCCUGGUACACCACAACCAUCAGCACCACCACAAACCGCACGAGGGGAAGCACCGGAAUGGGACGGGAAGCGAAAACGGCACGAGCGAUAUCGCGGCAAGCAAGCUGAAGCGCGUGAAGUACGUUUCCAAGGGCACGAACGACACGGAGUACAACAUCUUCCUGAUCUACACGAAGGAAAGCCAAAACCUGAUCCUGCACAGUCAGCUGGAGCUGUUUCUGCGCAGCCUGCUGAAGUACAGCACGAUCGAGCUGCAUCUGCACAUCAUCACGGACGAGCAGAGCGAACGAUCGGCGGAAGAGCUGAUCAAGCAGCAGAUCGAGCGAUUUCACCGAACCGCAUUCUACACGCUGUACGAUGUGCGGGACUGUGCGGAGAAGAUCAGCGACAUCGUGCAUGGCAUGAUGCCACUGUUCAACUACCGGUCCGGCAGCUACUACAGCGAUGCCUUAUUUCUGCUGUCGCUUGGGCUGCACCGUAUCGUCGAUCGGAACAUGCGCCGGGCGAUUCUGAUCGACUGUGAUGUCGUGUUUCGGGCAUCCGUAAAGGAACUGUUCGAUCAGUUCGAGCUGUUCGCACCGGACCAGCUGUUCGGGUUGGCUCCUGAGCUGACGCCCGUGUAUCGACAUGUCCUUUCCCGCUAUCGGAUGAACAAUCCACAGACCAUCUUCGGAAGUCCUUACUACAUGGACAAACUACCCGAGCAAUCGGACGUACUGCCGGCAUCUGCGAACGAAGUGUCGCACAGCAUGAAAGCAGCAGCGAGCAGUGAGAUUCGACGGCAUGGAUACCCGGGAUUGAACUCCGGGGUCGUCAUGCUACACCUGGAUCGCAUUCGACGGUCGCGACUGUACGAAGAGAUCAUCAAGGAGUCGACGGUGAAGAACAUGGCGGAUAAAUAUUCCUUCCAGGGCCAUCUGGGCGAUCAGGACUUUUACACGCUGAUGGGAUUCGAGUUUCCCGGGCUGAUCUAUCGGUUGGAUUGCGUGUGGAACCGGCAGCUGUGCACGUGGUGGCGAGAGCACGGCUACAGCGACAUCUUCGAUCGGUACUUCCACUGUGAAGGCACGGUCAAGAUCUACCACGGCAACUGCAACACGCGGGCACCGGAAUAGGUCGCUCUCGCUCCAUCUAUCUGUCCUCCUUCUCUCUUUGAAUCCUCCGACUCGUAUGUGUUCGUACAUUCCAGUACACCCCCCAGCGUCCAUUUGUUCUUCGACAUUCCAUAACUGUAGAAGCGUUCCGUUUGGCCAUAGUAGCAUCUAGGCGAGUAAAGUUUGUUGUAGGAUGAGUUAAGUCCGAUCUCAGCGCGUCUCUUUGCGCCUAAACAACACACACACACACACACGCACGGUCGGUCGUAUCCUUUUGGCACGAUGGAUUAGGCGGUUUUAUGUUUGUUUGUUUGUCUCCUAGACGCCCCAGCUCUUCCAUGACGCGCCUAUCGAUCGUAUAACGAAUCGUAUAGCGGGUUUGUCGGAAGUUUUUAAGAAGAACGACACGUGUCUACGUCCGUGUGCAAUAAUGACUUCGUUCUUGUGCCUUUGUUUUAAUUGUUUUGUCCGUAGUUUUACGCUAGUUUCCUCUUGUUAUGCAACGAAAUGAUUUUAUAUUGUUAGCCCUUAGUUAGUUUUAGCCGCGCCUAGUGCAUUUAUACACUCUCGUUAGCUGUCAGUGUGACCGUGUUGAAUUGCUAGAGGGAAUUGAGCCGACAUGGUUUUAACUAAUGCGAAACCCGUGCAUUUUUUGCCAGUAGGGAGUGAACGAAUAAGAAUCAAAUUAGGUUAGGUCGUACAACAAAACAGAAGAACAAACGCGUACCACGCAACAUCGCAGAAUCUCUUCAAUACCGUUUAUCAUUAUCACGAUCAAACACGAGACACAGCAAUCGCUCGUAGUAGGAAAGCGCGGCCACAGAGAUCCAUCAGAUCCACACCCUUUACAUGGCCUAAUCAUGCGCUGGACGCUGUGUGUCCCUAUCCAGUUGCUAUCCACAAGGUCGUUGAUAACUCUUGCGAAAUUGAUCGAAUAGAAAGGAAAAGCGAAUAAUAAAAAAACAAACCAUUUUUCCCAUUUUUGAAA